UGUGAGAGAGAUACUCGCACUUACGCUUGUUUGCGAUAAUGUUUCAAAUAAUAAUUUUAGAAAAUGGUUAAAUGUCGAAACGCUGCGGUUGCAUUCAAAAGACUUAAUGGACUUAUUUGUGUGUACAAACCGCCCUGCGUUGCUGUGCGGCAAGUGCAACACACGAUAAUAACUAACUUAUGUAGAGAUUUAAACGCUCUGCCGGAUCGCCCACUCGAGAAGCGAGUUGAGAUAACGGGGGCAACCAAUGAGCGCAUGGAGGUGAAAUUAGUGCCUAACUAUGCUGACAAUCCUUUAGUAUGUGGCCCAAGGUACCUACAUGAAGAUUUUCGCUGCAGCUGGGCAACGCAUUUGGGCCUGUUCAGCAGUGGAGUGUUAUUACUAGGAAUAAAUGACGGCACUAAAUUAACAUACAAAAUCAAUACAGCAAGACCAACUCGAGCAUUUAAAGUACAUGGGCAACUGGGCAAAGCCACGGACACAUAUUUCUGGAACGGCAAAACAGUGGAGAGAGCUACAUAUGGCCAUGUGACCAGGGAGAAAAUUGACAGAGUUGUGGCACACAUGCAGGCUGCACAUCAGAAGACUAUGUUUGAGUUAUCAGGGCUUCACAUGGACUCGCAGACAGCUUACGAGAUGGCCUCUCAGGGUCCCAUCAGGCCAGCCAAUAACAAGUUGCCUGUUAUUUAUGGCAUCAAAUGUGUUUAUUAUGAACCACCCAAGUUCACACUAGAAAUCCAAUCAGUAAACGAGUAUGAUAAAUAUCUCUGGACCUUGGUCCAUGAUUUGGGAGUGCAGUUGAAGACAGCAGCUCACUGCGUGGGAGUGCAGUGCAUACGACAGGGCAAGUUCGACCUGAGCUACGCGUUACUGCGAAAGCAUUGGCAGUUAGAGCAUAUUGUGGAAAAUAUACACAAAUGUCAACAGCUGUUAGAAGACAAUGAACAACUGCUCACACCUACAUAUGCCAAGCUAACAGCAUAACAUGGCAUGGAGUGACACUGAUGAUCUCGUACCGUUAAUAUCGACCCACUGGACCCUACCACUCAAGUACGAUUUAAGAAGGUCGAGGUCACAUCCCGCCACACCAUAAUGGCGAAAUUUCCUGACCAGAGUAUCAUGGUGCACACAAUCAAAAGCCUUUGAAAGGUCACAGAAUACACCAAUAGCGUUAUGCGAGUCUUCCUAUGCAUCAAAUAUAUGCUUCAUCAUCUCAACACCAGCAUCAGUUGUAGAGUGACCCCGAGUGAAACCAAAUUGUUUAGGAGACAUAAGUUAUUACUAUAAAAAAUUGCACACAUCUUAUUU